AUGGAAGAGAAUGGAACAGAAAAGAGAAAAAUUACUCCAUGGCGUUAUGAGAUGGCAAGAAAUUUGUACAACUUGGUUAUUAAAUGUCAAGGGAGUGAUGCAGCUAAAAAGGUGCUUAAAGAGGCUUAUGCUCAUGCUAACGAAAGCAUAAAUAAGGUUCUAGAAAAAGAAAAAGCAGCAGAAAAGGAGGCAGCACAAAAGGCACAAGACGAUGUUGAAGCACAACAAACCACAAUCAACAUAGCACCGUCUACAUCAUCAUCAUCAUCAAAUGCACCACAAAUAAUAGUUGAAAAUCCACCACUAGUGAAGACAAAAGGAAGAAGUAAAAGAAAAAAAGGAUUCUUUGAGAUAAGGACAUCGUCAACAACACCUAUAGAAUUUGGAACUUUUACACCAAAAGAACAACUUUUUUAG